UUUGAUAAGGUGGUGGCGGCCAUCCGUCAGGCCCGAAACAUCAUCAUGGUUACCGGCGCUGGCAUAUCUACUUCAUGCGGCAUUCCAGACUUUCGCUCCCCUGACGGGCUAUAUGCCCGUCUCAAGGUGGAUUACCCUAGCCUUCCACAACCUGAGGCUAUGUUCGACAUGCGCUACUUUCUUCAAAACCCACGACCGUUCUUUGAUUUCGCCAAGGAAAUCUGGCCCGGUUUGUUUCAGCCAUCACCGAGCCAUAAAUUUGUCAAAGCCCUUGAAACCAGGGGUCAACUGCGACGAGACUACACGCAAAACAUUGAUACCCUUGAACAGGUGGCUGGCAUCUCCAACAUUGUGCAGUGCCACGGCUCCUUUAACACAGCCUCAUGCAUUCUGUGCAAGCACCAGGUUACGAAGGAGGCCAUCCGUGACCAAGUCUUUGCCGGGCAAAUUCCCUUGUGCCCCAACCACAUCUGCAGCGAUACACUGCUCCAUCACCGUGUGCCGGUUCUCAAGCCAGACAUUACCUUUUUCCGCGAGGAUUUGCCGCAAACAUUUUACGAGCAUCUGGAGAGCGAUCUGGACGUCUGUGACCUAGUCAUUGUCAUGGGCUCCUCGUUACAAGUGCAGCCCGUGUCGCGAAUCCCAGAUGUAGUAGACGACAGUGUGCCGCAGAUUUUGAUUAACCGAGAGCCACUCCGGCAUGCCGAGUUUAGUGCUGAGCUCUUGGGCUCGUGCGAU